UUGUAUGCACACAUAAACUAGUUGUUAAAGCUCUGUGGGCCAAUAUGGUUUUAUCUUACCCAUGUCACAUGACUGGUGAUAUUAAUACUUUGUUUGCUGGAGAUAUAAACUUGCCAACAAACCGAAGUUGAUAUUUAUUUGAAUCUGUUUAGUUGAACAUUAAGUGUUGAUAGACAUUGGACAUUAUAGCUAGAUGGAGUGUUUUUUGUUUGUUUAAUAGUCGAUGAGCCUAGAUGCCUUAUUAUUUGAGUUAAAUCAAAGAUGUACUGAAUAAAGUAUUCAGUGGUCAGCAAAAUGGCAGCUUUUUCGAAAUCCACCACUGAAAAAGGAAAUGACUGGGUCCAAGACUUUUUGUGCUCGGCGUGCGAAGACGAGAAACUGGACGAAUCUGCUGAUUUCUACUGUGACUCUUGCGAGAAGUUUUACUGCCGAAAAUGUAUUCACUUGCACGGCCAAUUGUUUAAGAAACAUUCCACUCAUGGAAGGAGUGAUUUGAAGAAAUGGCCAGUGGUCAAAAAGGUGGAAGAUUUUCUUCUUAAAUGUGAUGUUCACAAAGAAGAAAACCUUGUAAGUUUUUGCAAAGACCAUAGCAAGCUGUGCUGCAAUACUUGUGAUUUCCAUUAUCACAGGCAAUGCAAAACGGUGAUGCUUUUAUCUGACUUGGUUAAAAAUACCUCCACAGACCUUAAACAAGUAUCAGUUACUAUCCAAACUACUCUGGCAGAACUGAAGAAGCUUCAAGACAAUCAGGAGGCUAGCAUUCAGUCUGUGCAAAGUUCAAAUGAUGAGCAGUUACACAAGAUACAGGAAACUCGGCAAAAAAUACUUGCAGCCUUAAACAUGCUUGAAAAGAAAACUCUGCAGGAAAUUAAAGAUACACUGACAAAACUGCAAGCCUCUUUAAAAAGUGAUGUUGACAAAUGUUCCACUCUUGGAAAUGAAUUAAAACAACUUAGAGACGCUAUUCAGGACAUAAGCGAUAAAAGCAAGCAGGAACUAUCUUUUAUAGCCAGCAUUAAAUGCAAGGACAAAAUACAGCAUUUUGAAAACUAUCAGAAGAAGAACUUUGCUCAACUAAAAUCUUCUAUAAUUUUCCAUCCUAAUAGUGAAAUAAUGCAGUACCUUUCCAAGUUGUCAGGUCUUGGGAAGAUUGAACACUAUGCCCAGUCAUUGACUGCAGUGGGAAAUGCAGACAAAAUCAUAAGGAUUGAACACAAUGCCCAGUCAUUGACUGCAGUGGGAAAUGCAGACAAAAUCAUAAGUAUUGAUGGGAAGUCUGAGUAUGCUGUAUGCGUACAGGGUGAUUCAACUUGCCUUAUCAGAGGCAUAUGUGUUCUCCCUUGUGGACAAGUCCUUGUUGCAAACUGGUCUAAUAAGAAAGUCAAGCUGUUGAACGAGCAGUACCAGGUUGUGAGUCACUGUAGUGUAUCUGAUGCGCCUUAUUUCAUAUGUCAGAUCACACCCAGUGAGGUUGGUGUUACUGUCGGUUCAGAGGUCCAGUUUAUCAAAGUCAACAACAACCAGCUGGUGAAAGACAGAAAGCUCAAGUUUCAACAUAAAUGUUUUGGUAUUGCCUCCCACCAGGGAGACCUAUUUGUAACCUCUGGUACUGAACUAUACAACUACUCGCUGGAUGGUAAACUAGUCAGCAAACUUCACGAGAAUAAGUCAGAUACAUCGACAGUCAAAAGUUGUGCAGUGAGCCCGACAGGUGACAAGUUGUAUAUCAUGAACUUAAAUCAGGGCAAGGUCCUCACCCUGGCCAGGGAUGGAUCAGUCCUUUCCAUCUUCGAAGACCCUAAAUUGCUAGGUCUAACUUGUGUACAUGUGACACCUGCAGGCCAGGUGCUGGUAUGUGGACGUGAUUCCUGUAAUAUCAUACAGAUUGACAGUAAGGGCAGUAGGAAGCUGGCCACUCUGGCCACUCUGGCUACAAUAAGGUAUAGUCUAUGGUCGGUCUGCUACAACAGCAACACUGACUCCAUUAUUGUGGGAACGGAUUACAACAAGAUCCUGGUGUACAAAGUGAAAGAGCUUAUCAUUUUUGUUUCUGAUUUGUAAUGAUAAGUGAUAUAAAUUACUAUAAAGUGAUAUAAAUUACUAUAUCUGUUAGUCAUUAAGUGCUAUGUUACACAUAUAUAUAUUUGAUGUGUAGUAAUAAGUCGAAAUUAAUGACAAUAGCUGUUUGUGUAAUAGUGUUAUGUUACAAUUCAAGAAUGAAUUUGAAGUGUACAUACUUAUUUUUUUCUUUAAAUAAUGUUAUUACGCAUGCUAUGUUUAGAAUGUGAUAUAUGAGAUUGUAACAAUGUGUUGAUUGGUUCAUUUUUUGCUCUUUAAGUGGCUCUGAUAUAUUUAAGUCAAGGGAAUACUUAUGGCUCAAUAAUACUAGCGGAUAUUUUGUCAUUAAUAGAUAGUUUUCACAUUAAAACAACUUUGAAAUGCGUUGUUAUUGUUUUGCAGCUUGUAUGAUUGUUUUCCAUCAUUUUGCGCUUUGCUUUGCUAAUCAUAAUGGUGUACCAAACCCUGAGUUGGUAGAGAAAAACAUGUUACUCUCUGUUUGUUUUGUAUGAUAUCAGGCGAGGCUUAGAAUAAAAUAAUGGUGAAGCUUGCCAAACCUUAAGUUUAUUUUCACCAAGCCUGAUAUAUUAAUAUACGAUCAGGCAGUUGUCUGUUUUUCCGUUCAUCAUAACUUCGUCUCCAUUUUGAAAGAAAUAAUGACAUUAUCGCUGAAAUGCUGCAUUUUUAGCGGGAAUGAAUAUGAGUUUUGAUGUUUGACUACUUAAUAAUGACGUCAUGAGCACUUGUGCAAAAUACUUGUAAAAUAUGUGUUUUGCUGUGUUUGUAAUUUUUUCUGUCAAAAAUAUUUGACAUCUUUGUAUCAAAUUGUUGGUUUCGUUGAAUCUGAUUUUAUUAUAUACCUGUUUAAUGCUUUUAACAAAAUACAGGUUGUAUCAGUCGUUGAUAUAAAAACCCCGUAUUACGCUACUCGCUGUUUCCAAUUCCGUAUUACCAUACUAGCCGGACACCUUUGACCCAUUUAAUUCAAUACAUUACGCGCACCGAAAAUAGAAAUAUUUUAUAUUACAAAAUAUAUUACGUAGUACAUCGUGUGACGUCAUUUCUGUUAUGAAACACAAUAGUUUUAACUAAACACAAUGGAAUUUAAGGACCUGUCGGACGUGGUGUUUUUUAACAGUAAACUAUUUGUUAAAAACAUCGAACGAAUUCAUAACGUAUUUUGGAGUGUGUGUUUAUCAUGCAUAAAUGUAUAUUUCGAUAGGAAUACAAUAAAAUAGUGUGGUUUAAACUAAGUUUCGAUUAAGACAUGGAAGAUAGAAGUGGAAGUGCAUAUUGUUUCAACGUUUUUGUUAUAAACAUCGGAUUAAAGUUGUCAACUAAAUUGUUAUAAACAUUGGAUUAACGAUGGCAUUAAGUUAAGCGUGUUGGAAACCUGUGUUUUCCCGGUUUGAAUGUUAACACGUUAAUUUACAUAAACUGUAUUCAUACGCGUAUUAAAUAAACUAUGGCGUACCGUUUUAGUCAUUGUUUUGUCAGUUUUGUUAAAGUAAAAAAUACAAUUAUUAACUGU